AUGUCUCAAAGGCCUAUGAACUCACCAGGAGCACCUGGUUUCACACCACCAAGAACAAAUAUUCCACCACCUAUCAAACCUAUUGUAUCUCCACCAGGAGUUUCUGCACCCAAUAUUCUACAAAUUAACAGACCAAAUUCACCAGGCACUGUUUCGACACCAGUUCAUGUUGUUCCACCAAAAAUAGCUCCAAUUGUUUCAACUCCACCACCAGAGACACCAGUUCUGGCACAAGCUCCACCACCAGUAUCUCAACCUGCACCUACACCAGUUACAGCUAGUCCACCACCUCAAGCAGUUCCACCAAAAGCAGAAGUACCUCCACCGGUUAGUAAAACAACUCCAUCACGCUCUGCCAACUAUAAUGAACCAAUUUCAGCAGACUCAAAGAAAGAAAUUCCACCACAAGCAGAACUUAAAUACAACCCACCACCAACACCAGAAGAGAACCCAGAAAUUAGGUCUCUUCCGGCAGAAAAUUUCACAAAUACGCAAAUGUCAGGUGAUGUUCCUCACGAUAUUCUUGCGGAAAUUGAAGUUCCACAAGUUUCAGCUCCACCUGAGGGCACACAAGGCACCAAAGUUAUGAAAUCAAUCAACUCCAUCAUUGAACAAGCAAAUGAAGGCGACUCUAUUGUUAUUCCUGAGGGCGUAUACGAAGAAUCACUUACAAUUACAAAGAAAGUUCACCUCUUUGGUGAAGGAAACUGCAGAAUUGUUUCUGACGGCGCAAAGGAUACAAUUUCAAUCAAAGCAGAAGGUGCAACAUUCACAAACAUUGCAUUCCUCCAGCAUGAAUCGCAAGCUUCUCGUGCUCUCAAUGCUAACAGUGGCUCUGCCUACUUCAAGAACUGCAAAUUCUCUGCCAAGUACAUGUCAACAGCAAACUUAGUUGGCAAUGCACAGAUUACAUUUGAUCACUGCCAAUUCGAAGGCCAGUCAUCAUCAGUCGUCAAUCUUGGCGGAAAUUCUGUUUCCCAAUUCAUCAGCUGCACAAUAAAAGGUGCAGGAAACAACGGACUUAUUGCCAAAGCUCAUGCAGCUACAACACUCAAGGAUACAAACUUCCAAGAUAUUCGUAAAGAUGCCGUUCAUCUUAUUGACAACUGUUCUGCAGUUUUCAAGGGUGUUAAGAUCAACAAUGUUGGUUGCCAUGGCAUCCUUAUCUCAUCAGAGUCAAAGCACGUUUCGAUUCUCGAUUCAGAGAUUUCUGAUUGCCGUGAAACAGGAAUUUCCGCAUUCCUUGCUUCAUCACUUUCACUCUACAGGAAUACAAUCAAGAAAUGCAAGACAUGCGUAGAAGUUUCUGAUGGCGCUUCAAUCUUGAUGAAAUCCAACCGUUUCAUGGACACAUACUCUGAUGCAAUGGUCAUCUGCUUCUGCCAUGCCAACGUUCUCUCACAGGAGGACACAUUCACAGGCAUCGGAAACGGCCUUUGCGCUAUGGAAAGAUCAAGAGUUACUGUCCAAGGCGGAAAAUUCGAGAAUCUUGAAGGCACAGGAGCCAUCGUAUUCGGAAACGAAGCAUUCCUCUCCGUUUCAUCCUCUAACUUCAGGAACAUCAAGUACAGCGGCUUGCAGGCACACACAGGCGGCUCAUUGACAGUCAGCAGCAGCACAAUGACAAACUGCACAGACAGUGGUUUGUUCGUUGAUGGUGACUGCAACGUCAGAGUCGAAGGCCUCCAAGUAACAAACGGCCAGAAAGUUGGUGUUCUUGUAAGGAAUUCCGGCGCAUUCCUUAAGGAACUCGAUCUCAAGUCCAACUACCAGUGUGGUUUGUUGUUGAAUAACGCAAGAAAGGUUGAUUGCCAGCAGUCAUCAUUCUCACAGAAUAGAGCUAGUGGCAUCAUCAUCAAGAAUUCUGAGAAGAUCACAUUCAACAACAUCAAUUCCUUCGAAAACAACUAUCACGGCAUUGAAUUCCACAACUCAUUUGUUUCAGUAAGAGGUGGAGAGAUCAAAUCAAACAAAGUUUGCGGCUUAGUCAUCACUGAGAAAUCUGAUGUUUCCGCAAAUGAUCUCACAAUCUCUAACUCCGAAUACGGUGUUCACAUUACAGAAGCAACAGGAGAUGUACGUGGAACAUCAAUUUCCGACUGCAAAGUUGGUGUUUACUCAACAAAGGCAAUCGCAUCUGUUGCAACAACAUCAUUCAAGAAGUGCGAGAUUGGCUUCUCCGUCACAGGAAAGGACUGCAAGUCUGGAGCAAAGAACUGCCAGUUCGAAGAGAACACAAUUCAUCUCCAGUGCGAGAAAGAUUCAACAUUGUUCGUUAAGGAGUGCGAACUCAAGAACUCUAAGUCUGUUGCCAUCAAAUCUUCUGAAGGAUCCAAUUGCGAAAUCACUGGUUCUCAUUUCUCAAAUGGUACUUGCGCUGUUUGGGCUGACACUAAAUUACAUGUUGUCAACAACACAAUUGAUGACUUCUCAGAGGUAGGCUUGUACAUUUGCGGAGGAACUGGUGACAUCAUGAGCAACAAGAUCACAAAUAAUGGCGGUGUUGGUAUCGAUGUAGUUAGCGGUGAACAUAAGAUUACAAAGAAUGAAAUUGUUGGACAUAAGUAUUAUGGUAUCCACAUUGAUUUGGAUGCUUCCCCUGCAGUUUCUAAUAAUACAUUCUCUGAUAACGAAUUAGGAAAUGUUAGCCGUGAAUGA